CGUUUGUUUAUUUUCAAGAAAAUGGCGGAUGAUUCGGAAGAAACUGGCAGAGAUGCCUCCUUUUGGACCUUUUUGCCAGUCCUCUGGCAUCACUACAGAAGACAGGAAAGUUUCCUUUGUUGGUAAUUCAGCAAAAGUGCUUGUGAGCAUGAAAGAAGGACUGAAUUCCCCCAACAAAAGAGGCCACCCAUCACGGAUACGGAAGAGGAACAUGAGAUUUUACAAUGAUGAUGAAGACAAUUCAAGCUCCCCUGUCAAGUCUAGUCCAAGGAAACAGUCCAGACCUUCAAGUUCAAGAACUUAUGUUACCACUGGACAUGAUAAACGUGUGGCACAGAUUAUUGGUGUACGAUUACGUAACCUUCUUAAGCUUCCCAAAGCUCAUAAAUGGGUGUGUUACGAGUGGUUCUACUCAAAUCUGGACCAACCUUUGUUCCUAGGAGAAAAUGAUUUCCAAGUUUGUCUGAAAGAAUCCUUCCCACAGCUGAAACUGAAGAAGAUGAGACGUGUUGAGUGGUCCAAGAUUAGGAGGCUGAUGGGAAAACCAAGAAGGUGUUCAUCGUCAUUCUUUGCGGAAGAACGGGCAGCUUUACAUAAUAAACGUCAGAAGAUUCGUCUUCUGCAACAACGUAAGAUAAACGAGGUGGGUUCACAUGAAGAUCUGCCAGAGGAAGUGCCAGUACAUCUUGUGAUAGGGACAAAGGUCACAGCGAGACUAAGGAGGCCACAGGAUGGUUUAUUCACAGGUGUGGUUGAUGCUUUAGAUACUGUACAUAAUACAUACAGAAUUACGUUUGACAGACCAGGACUUGGUACAUACUCGGUACCAGACUACGAAGUCAGAAGCAGUGAACAUGUAGAGACUAUACCACUGUCGGCAUACCAACAGAAGGCAAGACCACGCCCAGUUCAGCAACGCCAACAUGGUGCUCUCAUGUCCCCACCCAGAUUUAUACCAAACAAUUUUUCUUCAGGAUUUGCACUGGACAAUGAUCCAUUGCUGAGUGGUUCACCAUUUAAAGGACAGCUGAUGAGUAUUGAAGGCGGCACAUAUGGUGGAUUUCCUAUAAAAUUUCUUGUUUUAGUGACACGACUGUCAAAGAUCCUUGAGAUAAAGAAAGACUGGAUCAAACAACUGAAGGAUAUGAAUACAGAGGCAGAGAAACGGGUACAUGUAAAUAAGUCCUAUCAGCAACCUAUACCUCCAGAGUUUCAGAAGAAAUAUGCCAACAUUGUGCUAGAGUUAGAAAACCUGAAUAAAGAUCUCAAUGAAUAUUUAGUUGGUGUGCAGCAGUAUUGUCAUGAUAUUUCACCAGAACAAGGAUUGAAGCCAAUUGACCAGCCAUCAGAGGUGAAGGAGAAAGCUGAUACAGAGGCUGCUAAACUGGUUAACAAAAUUACAAAUAAUAUGUUCCACAAUAAGAGGCUGGCAAGAAAUGAGCCAUUGAUGGAGCUGAUCGGAAAGUUGACUUCUCUUAUGCUACAGAUAAAGACAUUUUCAGAGAAUGAGCUGAAUUCUUUUGAGUUCAAGUCUUUACAAGACACGCUCACUGAAGUUCGUUCCAAACUAGAUGGAAAUAAUAUCAAUUCAUUCAAGAACAACGUAGAGAUCCAUAUUAACCAUGUGCAGAGUGGAUUGAGCCAGAUGGGUAAUCUUCAUGCUUUCUCUAAUACACAGUUCAAUGUGACGUGACCGAUCCAAUCUCGGGUUUAGACAUUGAGCAGCUUUAGACAUACAGUAGAAAGUUGUGACACAGGUAACAUGCUGCUGGUCACCUACUGUGUAUGUCAUACAUGUGAUGGAUUUUAUUAAUUGAAUGAAGAAACAUAUUUGAAAGAGCAGUGUGAAGCUGGGAAAAUAUGAAGGUCAUCUUGGUUGUACAAGUUAACAUUCUGGAUUAGUCAUCUAUGUAACAGCUUUAAGAAUGUUUGACCAGUCUUCAGUGUAACAGAUUUUGAACAGUCUCCUAUGUAACAGUUUAAGGUGACUGACCCAUCCCCUGUGUAACAGUCUUAGAAAUCUGUUAGACAAGUCAGCUGUGUAACAGUUUGAGAAAUCUGCAGUUUGUUGUGAGAGAGUAAACCCAGCAGUUGAUAGCCAGUGUGAGAAGGAUAGAAGGAUCAAGUUUAAAAUAUGUAUAGUUAUCAUAUAAUAACCUGUAAAUAUACAUUUAAAGAUUUGAAAAUAACUGCACAUGUUUAAACUUCCAAAUUUUUUUAUAAAAUAUCAGUAUACAAGUUAAAGAAAUUUAAUUUAUGUCUCAUUACCUACUCCUUGAAAGCAACAUGAUCUUACAGUUAAAAGCUCUAUUCACUGCACCAAAAAAAUGGCAGUGCAUAUUGUAUUUUAAGAUGUCUUUACAUAUUGAAGUAGUAAUGAAAAUUAAAAAAAAAACAGCAAAACAAAAGAACAUAAUGAAAAAGUUUUUCAUGUUACGGAGUUUUUUUUUUAUCCCAGAAUAUUCUGUAUUGUUCCUUAAACCCAGGACAUGCAGUACUAUAUAUUUUGUAGCCAUCUGUGAAGAAUAAAACAAUGAAAAAUCACUUGCUUUCGAGCAUUGGAGACUUCAGCAGCAUAGUUCAGUGUAGUCAGUCCUUAGUUGUAUUCGUCUGUUUAAAUCGCUGGAAAACAUGGAAAAGUCAAUUGUUCUGCUCAUUAAGGUGGUUUAAUAGAAAAUUUGACUAGAUGAAUAUUUGAGUCGUGCCAUGGGAAAACCAACAUAGUGGCUUUGCGACCAGCAUGGAUCCAGACCAGCCUGCGCAUCCACGCAGUCUGGUCAGGAUCCAUGCUAUUCGCUUUCAAAGCCUAUUGGAAUUAGAGAAACUGUUAGCGAAUAGCAUGGAUCCUGACCAGACUGCGCGGAUGCGCAGGCUGGUCUGGAUCCAUGCUGAUCGCAAGGCCACUAUGUUGGUUUUCCCAUGGUGCGGCUCAUUUAAUGUAUACUUCAACAGUCAGAACAUGUUUGAAUAGAAAAUGUAACUGAAAAAGAUAUGGAAAUAGAAAAUAUGACUGUAAAUGAUAAUAAUAAAUAAAAAGUUGACUGUAAAAAGAUAUUGAAAUAGAAAAUGAGGCAGUCUUAAGAUUGUUGAUUGUAUAUAAAUAUAAUAUUGUGUAAAUAUGCAUUAAAUGUACAGUGUACAGUUGUUGUCUAUGUACAUGUAUAAUGAAUGAAAUACAGAUAUAAAAUAUGAA